AUGGGCUGCGCGCACGCCAAGCCUUCCCAGGGCUCCCCCGCCCGCAGCGGCGGCCGGGGCAUCGACCACCUCAAGCGCAACAACGGGUACGUCCCCUCCGCCGCCCGCCGCCUCACCGACCCACUCCCCACCACCAUCGCCGUGAAGGAGCAGCAGACCACCGAAGCAAACGCCGACCCCCGUCCGGCGGAGACCGAAGCCGCCUCGGAGACGUCGACUCUGACAACGGCCGCGACGCUCUCGCCGUCGCCGCCUCCGUCGGCGCGGCGGGAGCCCGACGACUGCGAGCAGCUGGUGGACGGGUGGCCGACGUGGCUGCUUGACAACGUGCCGCGCGAGGCGCUGCAGGGGAUCGUGCCGCGCAGCGCCGACGCGUUCGACAAGAUCGAGAAGGUCGGCCAGGGCACGUACAGCAACGUUUACAAGGCCCGCGAGCGCGGCGGCGGGCGCGUGGUGGCGCUGAAGAAGGUCCGGUUCGACACGGCGGAGCCGGAGAGCGUCCGGUUCAUGGCCCGCGAGAUGCGCAUCCUCCGCCGGCUCGACCACCCCAACAUCAUCCGCCUCGACGGCAUCGCCACCUCCCGCAUGCACCGCAGCAUCUACCUCGUCUUCGAGUUCAUGUACUCCGACCUCUCCCGCCUCAUCUCCCGCUCCGACGUCCCCCUCACACUCCCCCAGGUAAAGUGCUACAUGCAGCAGCUACUAGCGGGGCUGCAGCACUGCCACGAGCGCGGGAUCCUGCACAGGGACAUCAAGGGAUCCAACCUUCUGAUCGACCGGCGCGGCGUGCUCAAGAUUGGCGAUCUGGGCCUGGCAAACUACUACGGGCCGGGGCGGCGCCGCCCGCUGACCAGCCGCGUGGUGACGCUGUGGUACCGCGCGCCCGAGCUGCUUCUCGGCGCCACGGACUACGGUGUCGGCAUCGACCUCUGGAGCGCCGGCUGCCUCCUGGCCGAGAUGUUCUCCGGCAAGCCGCUGAUGCCCGGCAGGACCGAGGUGGAGCAGCUCUUCAAGAUCUUCAGCCUCUGCGGCUCCCCGUCCGACGACUACUGGCGGAAGACGAAGCUCCCGGCCAGCUUCCGCCCGCCAAAGCCGUACAAGUCGAGCAUGAUGGAGAGGUUCGCCGGCUUCCCGCCGUCGGCGCUGCCCCUCCUGCACACGCUCCUCGCGCUCGACCCCGCCGCCCGCGGCACCGCAGCACAGGCGCUCCAGAGCGAUUUCUUCACUACGGCGCCAUUGCCGUGCGACGUCUCUGAGCUCCCUGUGGUGUACAAGGAGGAGACUCCUGAUCCGACGACUUCUCACGACGGAAGGAAGCCCAAGCUGAGACAGCGUUCUAGCAAGCGAAGGGAAAGCAAGCAGAGAGCUGACCAGGAGCAGCGUGGGGACGAACUCAAGAUCUCCAAUGCCAAAUAUCCCAACAAGGAGAACGAGAUAGCCAUGGAGGGCACAGCAAAAUCAGGCCAAGAACUAGACGGCAUCGUCGCCUCAAUCGCCUCCUCCAGAGUCCAAGAAUCAGCCGAAAACGCCAUCGUCAACGCCUUCGCCAGCACGACCCCAAGACGGUUUUCAGGUAGCCCAAUUCAGGGGUUGCUACCUGGUGCUUCACCAGACCAGCCGCAGCUGCGGAGGGCAAACACGUACCACUCGACCGGCGACGACCACAAGGGCGGCGUCGCCCUCGCGCACCACAGCAUGGCGAUCAGAUCGGCGACGUGA